AUGUUGGACGACAUUAUCUAUUAUUUCACACCUAGAGUAUUUUGCGCGCUGACUUUCCUUGUGAACCCAUUUUUUGUCUAUUUAAUUUUCACCGAGAAAGCUGCAAAGUUUGGAAACUAUCGAUUUAUCCUUUUGUUUUUCGCAACUUACAAUCUUACUUUUUCAGUUUUUAAUAUCGUUUUUCCGAUGGAUAUCCACACCUAUCGCUACUGCUUUUACCUGAUGAUCAAAGAUGGCUGGUUCGUCGAAUCAACCGAACUCAACUUCCACCUUUUGGUCGCCCGAUGCUCCAUAGUCUUCGCCAGCAACGCCAUUCUUCUAACUCAUUUUGUCUAUCGCUAUCUUGUUAUUCAUGAAUCCAAUUUUACGAAGAAAUAUUUUGGUUGGUAUAUAGCAGCAUCUUUCCUGAUUUUCGGAUUGUUUUUUGGAGUGUGGUACGCAAUUUGCUAUCAUUUAGCCAGGGUAAACAUAGAGAUUCGUCAGUAUAUACGAGAAGAUUUCCGAGAAACUUAUGGAACAGAUUCAAAGAAUUACAACAUGAUUGGUGUCUUGUUUCAGGAAGGAUCAGAAGAAACAACAUUUCGAUCAUGGAUUGUUAUUAUUCUAUGGACUUCGUUGUCCGUUGCGUCACUCAUUUCGUUUAUUAUCCUCGCAACUUUGAUUAUGUGCAAACUCAAAAAAACAGCAAUGCACGUUAGCCAGGCAACAUCGAAAUUUCAAUUUGAACUGCUGAGAGCUUUGAUCGUGCAAACAAUUGUGCCAAUUUGCAUCAGUUACUCCCCAUGUCUCCUAUGUUGGUAUAGUCCAAUGUUUGGAGUUCAAUUGCCAAGAGAGGUUAACUAUUUCGAAGUCAGUGCACUGGGAAUCUUUUCAUUUGUUGAUCCGCUGGCAAUCAUUUUUUGUCUACCACCACUUCGUAAAAGAAUUCUACACUUUUGGAAAAAUAUGAAAAAUUCCGCCAAUAUUAUUGCACCAACACUACCAAUCUCAAAUCCAACCAACUCAUGA